AUGCCGAGGAACAACAAGUUGAAUCAGAAUGCGUUGGUCAGAUUGGCCAAGUUGUCCGUGGUCCGCUCAGCCUGCGUCUGUGUGUCGGAGUUUUACGCCGACGCCAAGUCCAGACACGCCGGCGUCAAGUCCGCGUGUGAUGAGGUGGAGAGUCGCAUGAAGACGCUCAACCAAGUUGCCUAUGGAGGGAUUUCUCCUCUCAUUGACAAACUGGAGCCCCAGGUUUCCAUUGUGAAUGAUAUAGCAUGCAAAGGUCUGGAUUGGAUGGAGACUGCAUUCCCCGUGCUCCAGAAACCUACACAUCAGAUUGUUGCCAGUGCCAAGAAUAAAAUGCAUGAGGUCAAGGAUAUGGCGAGCAUUGUAAGCAAUGGAACCAUGGACUGUGUUCAACAUACGAUCACUUGGGUGACUGGGAAGAUGCAGGUAGACUUGUCUGAUCCUGUCAACGAGAUGACCACUAGUCACACUGUCAGUGUGACUAGUGUGGGAGUGGACUCCGUAUUAAGCAUAGCAGAGGCUCUGGUCGCCCAAUUGCUUCCUUUGACUAACUAUACUUAUCUAGAACAAGAAGCUAAGGCAUUGGAAGUUGCCGCAGUCGGCACCAGUUGCCAUGUGCGAGUGGCCACACUCACUGCCAAGCUGUAUAGAAGAACCUGCCAUAAGGUUGGAGCCCAGAUGCACGUUAAGGUUUGCAGUGAGGAGACUCGUGGAUUUCGGGCAAAGAGGGGUGGGGUUGUGCGUAGCAUUAGCUGGUCUCCUGGAUUGGUUCAACAAAUGCAGACCAGCGGGCUGACUUUUGCCUGGGGCCUUCUCAGCCUGCCACAGCAUAUUCAGCAUCAGGCUCUUUCUGUGUACUUCUUUAUCUCACAAGUGUACAAUUUAUGCUGCCAAAUGCAUGAAAAACGGAGACGCAAGUGCAAGGUUUCCCUUGACUCUGCUCUUGCCUCAAACAACAGCUCCUCCACUUCACAUUUGGGUCCUUUUACUUCUGAAACGUGUCCUGUACUCGAAGUUGCAGUGAGUAGUCGAAGGAGAAAGAAGCCUAAGAUUACUCCUUUUGACCAGUGCAAUGCAAAGAAUGAGCAUCCUUGA